AUGAGCAUGCCGUCGUACGCCAUGACGCCAUCCGCAAUAGCGCCUCCACCUCGCGAGGGCGUGGAACAGGAAUACUAUGCUGAUGCAAAUCGACGAUCUAGCGCGAGUCUGGGCGUGAACCACGUGCCAUCAUACACAAACUACCGCCCAACACCGCAACAUCAGCCUGUGUUGCAGCAGUUUCCCUAUCAACUGCAGCAACAGCACCCAUCGCAGCAGCAGCAAUACACUCGACCGCUGUCUAUGACGCACAGUAUUGCGACUGCCCCGUCGGCCUCAUUUUCAACAUGA